GGGAUCUCUGGGGACCAGCGGGGAGCUGGGAGAGUCGCACGCAGCAAACCAGCCCAGAGUUAAUCAAACUAGCAACAGGAUCUCGGAGGAGGCGGUAGCAGCGGCGGCGGCGGCGGGCGGCGAGAGCAGUUGCAAGAGAGAGGCAAGAGUAGCAAAGGCAGCGGCAUUAUGCGUGAUUACUGACUGACAGGCACCAGCUGCCGCUGCUGCCACAGCCUCUCAACCCACUAUGUGGACUCUCGGAUCUAGAGGCAGAUUCCUGACUAAUCCCAGAGGGCUGGCCCAGCCCGCGCUCCCCUUGCAGCCAGCAAGCAAUGACCACUCUUGUUAGCCCAAGUUGAAGGGAGCGGGGCUGAGCCGGGGGAGCCCCGAGGGGCUGGCACACUUUCCGAAGACGCGCAGCCCAGGAGCAUGAACUGAAGAGUAAACAUGUAUGGAAAUUACUCCCACUUCAUGAAGUUUCCCACAGGCUUUGGCGGUGCUGCUGGCCACACUGGCUCUACAUCCAUGAGCCCUUCAGCAGCCUUGUCCACAGGGAAGCCAAUGGAUAGCCACCCCAGCUACACGGACACUCCAGUGAGUGCCCCACGGACUCUGAGUGCUGUGGGGACCCCCCUUAAUGCUUUGGGUUCUCCAUAUCGAGUCAUCACUUCUGCCAUGGGCCCACCCACAGGAGCACUGGCAGCUCCUCCGGGAAUCAAUUUGGUUGCACCACCCAGCUCUCAGCUAAAUGUGGUCAACAGUGUUAGCAGUUCUGAGGACAUCAAGCCCUUACCAGGGCUGCCCGGUCUUGGAAACAUGAAUUACCCGUCCACGAGCCCUGGGUCUCUGGUUAAGCACAUCUGUGCCAUCUGUGGGGACAGAUCUUCAGGAAAGCAUUAUGGUGUCUACAGCUGUGAAGGCUGCAAAGGGUUCUUCAAGAGAACCAUAAGGAAAGACCUCAUCUACACGUGUCGGGACAAUAAGGACUGCCUCAUCGACAAGCGCCAGCGCAACCGCUGCCAGUACUGUCGCUAUCAGAAGUGCCUGGUCAUGGGCAUGAAGAGGGAAGCUGUGCAAGAAGAAAGGCAGAGGAGCCGAGAGCGAGCAGAGAGUGAGGCAGAGUGUGCCAGUAGUGGCCACGAAGAUAUGCCUGUGGAGAGGAUUCUAGAAGCUGAGCUUGCUGUUGAACCAAAGACAGAGUCCUAUGGUGACAUGAACAUGGAAAACUCGACAAAUGACCCUGUUACCAACAUAUGCCAUGCUGCUGACAAGCAACUGUUCACCCUCGUUGAAUGGGCCAAACGCAUUCCCCACUUCUCAGACCUCGCCUUGGAGGACCAGGUCAUUCUGCUCCGGGCAGGCUGGAAUGAAUUGCUGAUUGCCUCCUUCUCCCACCGCUCGGUUUCCGUCCAGGAUGGCAUCCUGCUGGCCACGGGCCUCCAUGUUCACCGGAGCAGCGCUCACAGCGCUGGCGUUGGUUCCAUCUUUGACAGAGUUCUCACUGAGCUGGUUUCCAAAAUGAAAGACAUGCAGAUGGAUAAGUCAGAGCUGGGAUGCCUGCGAGCCAUCGUGCUGUUUAACCCAGAUGCCAAGGGUCUGUCCAACCCCUCAGAGGUGGAGACUCUGCGUGAGAAGGUUUAUGCCACGCUGGAGGCCUACACGAAACAGAAGUAUCCAGAACAACCAGGCAGGUUUGCCAAGCUGCUGCUGCGGCUCCCAGCCCUGCGCUCCAUCGGCUUGAAGUGCCUGGAGCACCUCUUCUUCUUCAAGCUCAUCGGGGACACCCCUAUCGACACUUUCCUCAUGGAGAUGUUGGAGACCCCGCUGCAGAUCACCUGAGAACCCCCGCCCCCCAGCCAUAACCUGUCCACCCAGGAGGGCUCCCUGGGACAGGUGUGUGUGAAGCCCUGCCCCGGACACUUCCCUCCACCUUCCACCCUGACCCUCUUCCUGUCCCCAAACUGUGAUGCUUCUAAUAAAGACAACCUUUCUACACGUAAGACUUUUAUAGGUGGAGUUUUGUACAGACGUUAAAGGUAACCCUUCUUUGCUAUCUAAAGGACUGAGGCCUUUCUGGAAGUUCUUGGGAAGAGUAACCAAGCCUCUGUACAUACACUUGGUCUAAAUUAUUUUUUCACUUGCCAUGGAAAGAAAACAGCUAAAAAAAAUAAAAUAAUAAAUAUGCUAUUGGCACAUCUUGGA